AUACCUAGCACAUGCUACGUGCGCGCCGUUUUCAGCUUCUCUUCAGUUCAGUUAUCUAGUCUCAUAAUCCGAGUCGUGGUUGUAGUGCCUAAUUUGACAGUUUACAAAAAUAUAAUUAUUAUAACUAACCGAAAUGCUCAAGGAAUAGGAGCCUAGAGUGGUCUGCCAAAAUAAUGUUAAUUUAGCAUACCGCAGAAGAAAGACGUUUUAAUCAUGUUAUUUGAGAGACCAUUAAUCCGGGUUCUUCCGCUUGGUUUAUUGCACUAUAAUUUAAAGCGACUAUGACGGUCUAGUUUAGUAUAUGAAGAUGUGAUCUUGAGUAAAUGGUUUUUCAGUAUCAUUACUUUGUGUUCGGUAUUUCAGCAGUCUAGCAUUAUGCGCGGCGGAACAUUUUUUAGUAAAUUUUACGAAAGCUUACAUUCAUAUUAUUAGAAGAUAUUUUAUUACUGUAAAUGAAUUUGUUGUUUAACAUCACGUGUUUCUCAUAUACACGUACGGUAAUUUCAAUUAAUUCUAACCAACCAGCACGUUGUCAGUGAGAUAUGUAUGUAAACCGGGCCCAAAGUUUUAAUGUGUUCUUUUCACCCCAGUAGGCUGCUUAAUGUUUUUCAUAUUUGGCGGGAUAGUUAAAGGAAGGAAGAUUCAAUGUUUACAAUAAUGAAAACUACCAAUAAGCUUUGCCUAAUGUGACUCGUUUUAAUAAUAAUAUUUUUUUUAGUAGUUCUAGUUUUUCUUAGUUGAACUGGUGGGGAUAGGAUGAUUCUAAAAUUCUAAUGGCGUGCAUAUACACUGACACCAGUCAAUCAUGCAACCCGCGACUCUCAACAAAUUAAAGCGACGUUUUAAAAAUACAAGCCCAAUUCAUCUUAUUAUAAGCGGACUUGGCAAGCGCGUGUGAGUCAGAUCUGAUUGGUCUCUUCAAGUGGACCCGCCCGCAAAAGAAAUCAAGUCAGUGAUUGGCGGGCAGGUCAGUCGCGCCAGAAUUAAACAGACUACAGAGAGUUCAGACAGAGUUCUCAAAGAACAACAUUUAUACACAUAUUUUAUUACUUUUAAGUUAGAUAGAUUUUUAUCGUCAUGUCCACUCCACCAAAAAGAAUGUGCGUCAGCCCGUCUUUCGACAACAGCUUUGAGAAGAGGGGGAAGAAAAUUUCCAUUGAGGGGAAUAUUGCGGCUGGCAAGUCGACAUUUGUGCGGAUGCUGGAGAAGGUUUCUAAUGAAUGGGAGGUCACUCCUGAACCUAUAGCCAAGUGGUGCAAUGUGCAAACCACUGAGAAUGCUUUUGAGGAGCUCUCCACAUCCCAGAAGAGCGGUGGCAACCUCCUCCAGAUGCUGUAUGACAAGCCCAGCCGCUGGGCCUACACCUUCCAGACCUACGCCUCCCUGAGCCGGGUGCGCUCCCAGCUCCAGCCCGUCUCCCCGAAGCUGCGUGAGACAGAGCACCCCGUGCAGUUCUACGAGAGAUCUGUGUACAGCGACAGGUAUGUGUUUGCCUCCAGCCUGUUUGAGUCAGGAGACCUGAAUGAAACGGAAUGGGCGAUCUACCAGGACUGGCACAACUGGCUGCUGAAUCAGUACGAGUCUCAGAUAGAGCUGGACGGGAUAAUCUACCUGCGAGCGGAACCACAGCAAUGUAUGAAGAGGCUUCAUUUGAGAGGGCGUGAAGAGGAGCAAGGCAUUGAGCUGGAGUACCUGGAGAAGCUCCACUACAAGCAUGAGUGCUGGCUGUACAGCAGGACCACUCGGGUGGACUUUGAAUACUUGAAAGAUCUCCCAGUUCUGGUGCUCGAUGUUAAUGAUGACUUUAAAAAUGACAAGAUUAAACAAGAGUGCAUUAUAGACAAGGUUAAAGAAUUCUUGAGUUCAUUGUAAGAAUGACUGAAUGUUGGACUGCCAUGGAACUUUGCACUGAUAUUUUGGGUGCCAGCACUGCAGGAUAUACCUCAUACAACGAUGAUUUUAUUUCAGAAGCAUAAUUCUCCAAUCCUAUACUUCUGGUGGACAUCUGAAUAAGCAUUACCUUCUGAAGCCAGACAGCCAGAUCUUUGGUGGACAAUUCCAUAAACUGUUACCUUGGCCAUUCUGGCUCCUUGAAUGUUUGUGUACUGUGCUUGCCUUGAUUCCUGUGUUUUAGGGGUAACAACAUUCUAGUACAUUUUACCCAUAUAUAUAUACAGUGCCUUGCGAAAGUAUUCGGCCCCCUUGAACUUUGCGACCUUUUGCCACAUUUCAGGCUUCAACCAUAAAGAUAUGAAACUGUAAUUUUUUGUGAAGAAUCAACAAGAAGUGGGACACAAUCAUGAAGUGGAACGAAAUUUAUUGGAUAU